CUUGCAGAACGUGACAUGCGUGAUGGGCAAAAUAGGCCCGGAGUGGGCGUGGCUCGCAUAAUUAGCACUGUGCGCAUGCGUAGAAAGCAAAAAGCGCUGGGGCCGCUGAAAACCGAACCGCAGCCCCCGGAAAAGCGGCGGAGGACGAUCGAGGACUUCAAUAAGUUCUGCAGCUUCGUGCUGGCCUACGCCGGGUACAUCCCGGCGACCGCCGAGGACCCCCCCUGGCCCUCGUCCGGCCCCAGCUCGCCCCGUCCGGCCGGGGGGGACGCGUGGGGCUCGGCCCCGGCCGCGCUGCGCACCAUCGAGACCUUCGUCCGCAAAGCCAAAUCCUCCAAAAAACGCGCCCUGGCGCCCCCGGAAUCCGCCAUUUUGGACAAAAUGCGCCUCAAAGACUCCCUGUUCGACCUCCCCGCCCCCCAAAACAACCCGGGACCGCCCCCCCAAAAACGCCGGGAGCGCCGGAACCGCCGGGGGGAUUCGGGGAUGGGCGGCGGCUCCCGGGGCGGCCGCGAGAAUUCGCGGAUUCGGGUGAAAAAGAGCAAAAAGCGGCGCUGGAAAAAGGGGGACAGGGGCGUCUUGGGGAGGGGGUCCCCCAGCGAGGAGACGGAUUCGGAGGAGGAGCCGCCCUCCCCUCCCCCGCCGCCG